AUGCUGUGCGUCGAAUGUGCGCACCCCGUUUCCCGGCUGUAUACGUACUAUUCGCAGAACAACAUUCGAGCCACCACGUGCACUAACUGCCACAAGUUCGCUGACAAGUAUAUAGAGUGCGACUCGGUGCUUGUUGGCAUUGAUCUCGUUCUGCUCAAGCCCCAGGCGAUCCGGCACGUUGUUUUCAAUGUCUUGGCGCCCAAGUUACCCGCAUCGCGCUGGGUGCGAUCUCAAACACAAAAAAUGAUGAUAGUCAUAACCCUUUCGGAUGUCUACUUGCAGUGGGCGUGGUCUGUCAAGAGCGAAGACCCGGCCACUGUGCACUUCCUGUCCAACACAGCCCCCACCGUCCAGUAUCUCUGUUUCCUGUUCUAUGCCUCGCUGGACACAGCGAUAAUACAUGUUGUCGUCCGUCAAAUGGCCUACUACUGGCUGCACUGGACGGCUCUGGGCACGCUGUCGACGGGCAUAAUGUUGAGCACUGCUGCCAAACUGCUGCCAAUUGGAACGUUGAUCUGGGACUACAAUAUGCCAAUUGUCAACUCAAUAGUGUGGUGGAUUUUCGGCUUCGUCCUCCUCGAGCACAUUGCGGUCGUACUCAACUGCGGCUAUGUCAAGGCCACCAUCAUCGGUGUGAUAGCGCUCGGCAUUCGCUGGCUCGUUUGUUCGGCAGCUUGGUCCGCCGUAACGUCCCUCGCAACAGCCAUAUCAUGA